AAUUAGCUGUUGUUUCGCUGCAGUCGACGCCCGAACCUGAAAUUGAAAUCAUUAUUACGUAGUCGAUUUGUUUCGUCUUUAUAUGCAGCAAUGCUAUGAGAUUCUUUUUUACAUGGCGUAUAGUAGUCGCACAUAGUGAAUUGUUCAUUAAUUAAUACAUUGAAAAUGGCGGAUCCAGCGUCGAAUACAGACUUGGAAGAUGGAGAAAUCGAGAGUGAUGGAGAAGCAACUGAAAAUCUGCAAGAAGAAAAGAAAGACGUCGGUGUUCCGGCUAAAGAUGAAGAGGUACCCGUAAGCGACAACAAUUCACAAAACUUCUAUUAUUCCAAAUCAGGUAAGAAGAAAAAAUCUAAGUCUAACAAAGGUGAGCAAAAGUACAGGGAGAAAAGUAAAAAAUCGCGGAAAAAUGCUAAUCCUUUAGAAGAAGAUUUUGCUGGCAAUAUUGAAAAAGCAAUAAGAAAAGCUAUGAACAGAAAUGAGGACAACGAUGGUCAUGUUGAAACUGAUGUGGACGAACGGCGGAAGCAUAAGAGAAGAAAAAAAUACGAAAACAAAGAUGGUCCUAGUAAAAAACGUAAAAAGCAAGAUUACUCCGAUGAAGUGGAUGAAAGCGAGAUGAUGUGUGUUCGAGGUGCGUCGCCUGUACAUAAUCAAUCACAAAAUGAUGACUUCCAAGAAGACGAGCAAGAAGAAUCUUAUGAAUCUGAUAGUAGUCAAGAUUCGAGGGAUAACCAUCGCAGGCACCGAAAUCAGCAGAGAGAAAGAAAUAAAAACAAAAGUGAUCGACGCAGAGGGAACCAUAACAUGCAAGAUUCCGAAGGUGUGUGCUUAUAUUUUAUGCAAGGCAAGUGUCACAAAGGUGAUGACUGUAUUUACUCGCACGACGCCCACCCACCUCGUAAAAUGGAGCUAUGUAAGUUUUAUUUAAUGGACUGUUGUGCAAAAAGAGAUAAAUGUUUGUACAUGCAUGCAGAUUUUCCUUGCAAAUAUUAUCAUACCGGUCUUCCAUGCGUAUAUAAUGAUGAUUGUAAAUUUGCCCACGGCAAACCGCUUAAUGAAAAUCUAAAAAAUAUUAUACUUAAACAUAUCGAAUCAGCACCUAAAGAAAUUUUAGGUGACUUUCCUAGGUUAAACCGCGAAGAUGCUAUAAAAAUGAUACAAACCACUCAACUCCAACUAAAACAGCAGUAUCCGGAGGAAUCAGAUAAUCAAGAAAAAUCUAUACCAUCAUUGUUUGAAAUUAACGUUCCUCAUCCUCAGAAUAACGCAGAAAUGAUAAAUAAUUUUAAUAUGAAUAAUGAUAGAUCAAAUAAAAUAUCACCAAAAGUCCGACAAUCAAGAUGGCAAAAUGAUCAAACUUCUAACGCAAAUUUAUCACCAAGCUAUAGUCAUUCCUCGAGUGUUUUAAGUAUAAAAAAUUUAACUGGAGUUCUAACACCUAGACAAAUCUUAGAUCUCAAAAAAUUAGGUAUUGAUAACUUGGAUCAACUAGGUCAACUAACAGUAUUACAAUUAAAUGGUAUUGGAAUAUCCCUUAAACAAAUAACUGAUAUACAAUUAAAUACAAUGAGUAUUCAGAAACUCGGUUUAAUUAAUAGUUCUGAACAACAAAUGCCGCUAAUUCCAACCGGAACUGGUAGUAAAGAUCUAGACCUACGCGUACCGCCAGUAAAUAUUACAAAUAAUGUAGCAAUAUCGACUGGUUUUCCAGGUCAAGAUAUUGAUAUGCGUUUUCAGUCUUCCGUAUCUGCAACAAUACAUGAAGAUUCUUUAACAAAUAGCACCCCAAAACAAGAUAGUCAGCCUCCAAAAGAUACAAUUGAUAUUGACCAAUAUACUAAAGAUGCAUUAAAGUUUGCAUCAAAAGAUAAAGAGAACAUUGACAUUUCUAAUGAUACAUUUGAAGCCGAAAAAUCGAUUACCCAAACUGAAACAAAAGAUGUCGAUCACCGAGUGCUUCCUUAUACUGACGCUGAAACAAAAUUUACCACAUCAAGUAUAAAUGAGAACGCAGUUCGGCUAGACGGCGAUACAGACAUAAGAUUCCUUCAACCAGAUCCAAUAUUUAAAAAUCCAGCUAGAAGAAAUCGGCGUUCUACGACAGACGAUGACGAGGAAAACAAUUUGCUUAUUGAUGAGAAGUGGUAUUCCAGCGAUGAAGAAAAGGGUUCAAGAAAGAAGUCCCCAAAUUCUACGCCGCAAAAGGGAUUCAUGUCUCCGCCGGCGACACCGGCACCGCAUGUCAUAGAGCCUUCAUCCGUCCUAAGUAGGAUAGGAGACUUAUCGAAAAUUGAUAUAAGUGAGGAAGUAACGAAAUUGCUGAAUACCAUGAAGAAUAACAUGCAUGAAAAUACAUCGCAAAAUAAUCAAACCGAGUCGGUCAGUGUAUCACGGGAUCCGAGAUCGAAGCGAUCGCCAGAUAAAACUGCGGAGACGCCGAAAUUAGUUCCUCAGAAAAAGCAAUCUAGAAUAUCUAUUUACGAUUGCGUUGUUGGGGAACCGACGGAUGGCCGUAGAAGGAGUGACGUAGAUCUUAGACAAUCUGAAUUUAAACCCACUUUUGGUGACACGGACUUGAGACAGAGCGCGGGCGGAGAUAUCGAUCUGCGAUUAAGCUUACCCUUUAAAGCGAUACCUAAUUACACACCAGCCUCUGAAAUAAACGGCUCCAUAAACAAUCAUCCCCCUAUACAAUACAAAUUAGUCUCCAUCUUUAUACCUAGACCUGAUUAUACAGAUAUUAAAAAUAGUACCGCAAAAUCGCAGGCUUUAGUCGAUCCGCGGUUAAGAAAAGUAUUUAGAUUAUCUACAGAGGAAUUUCACAGCGAUAGUGAAAAGCCUACAACUAAAACGGCACCUGUCAGUUCGGGUCCGCGUGUUGAUCCGCGAAGGAAGCCUAAAGAACCAGUCGAGAGCGUUAACGUCGAACCGAAACCCAACGCGUUGGACUUACAAGCGAUAUUACAGAAUUCAAAUUGGUACAAAGAUUUGAGUUCUACGCAAAAGAUUUUUGUGAAUCAAAAUUUAGCACCUGUAACGCAACAGAUCAAGCACUUUCACCAGGAUAAGACGCCCGGAAAGCAAUUUGACCUCGCCGCGAUACAAAGCAGUUCUAUUCUAUGCGGUAUAUUUACGAAUUUGGGUAUCACGCUUGGAGAAAACGCGGAAUUCUCUUUAUUGCCAAAACCAAAAGAAGCUUUACUGAAAACUCCAAUAAACUUUAAUCCAAAUCCCAUCCCAUUCGGAGGGAAUAAUAUGAACCCAUCUGGAGGGAUGGAGCCCGGUAUGAACAUGAUGAACGGCCCGCCAAUGGGAAUGGGCGGCGGUAUGAACAACAUGAACGUGGGACACAUGCACGGCUUCAAUCAGUCCAUGUCGGGAAACGGGCCCACUCCGGGCCUCUUAGGUAUCGCUCCUAACAUUCCACACAACUUCAAUAAUAAUAAAUUCGGUCCUCCGAACAACUUCGGCAAUAUGGGGUACAACGGACCGGGCAAUAAUGACUUUAAUUAUAUGGAGGAACAGAAUUUCCAGAGGUUUCCUCACCGAGGCGGUCAUCGCGGCCGCGGCAACGACAGGUGGAAUCGCGGCGGGUCAAAUCGAGGUCAAAGAGAUCGGAAAAACUUCAACGAUCGCGGUAAUUGGAAGAAUAAGUAACUUUAUGACUCUAUAUAAUUGUAAAUAUAAUUUAAAAGAAAUUAGCUUGUAGAUUUUCUUCCACAUCAAUAAUAUUACUAAAUGUGAUCAAAGUGAUACAUUUAAUUAUAGGAUUUUAGACUCACCUGGGUAGUCUUUUUAUAAUUGAUGAUGAAUUUUAUACAAUAUUAUUGAAAUAAUAUUUAUUAAGGAUUCGGUAUUUUUUUUAUGUACAAGUGAAGUGUAAAUAUUUUUUACAAUAAUAAGGAACAAGCAGAAGACGGUUAAAUUUAAGUUAUUAAUGUUCAAGGUUAAGUUGAUUAAGUACUCAUUAUGCGAGCCAAAUGUUUUAAGACUGAGCGCGGGUUUAUAAUUGAGUUUAAGUUAUUAUAAGUACUAUGUUAAGUCAGCAUCCCACAGCAAUCGAACACAGGUGAUUAGAAUUAGCUAAUUCGGUAAUGUAUUUUAUUGUAUGUGAUUCAAAGCAAUAUCUAUAGGAAAAUCGUAUUCUGAUAACAAAACAUAGGUGAAUAGUCUGAAAUCAAUAGUUGUAAUAUUGUAAGGUACGAAGCAUAUUUAGUUUUGUGGAACUUGUAAAAAUGAAAGUCCAUUGAAUUUUAAAUAAAUUAUUUAUAUAUU